CUGCAAAUACACGUUCAUAAAACCAGCGUGUAUUUGAUCCCUCAGGCCCCGUCUGGAAUUGACAUCCUGGGAAUCCCUGACUUGACGUCAUUUUUCCAGGAGAGUUUAUCCGGAGAACCUCAGACCGAGCCUGGCAAAGGAACAGCAGGUCUGCGCCUGCGCUAGGGCAUCUCUGGGCCCCGCCCCCAUGUCAAAGCAGGCCGCGCCCACUCCUCGCGAGAAGGCCGUUCGUGCCCAGGAAGAGUCAGAGGCGGAAAUAGAAUACCGGAAGCGACUGUUGCCAUGGAGCCCGCGGAAGACUGGCUGGUGGAGUCCUUGCGCUUGUACCAAGAUUUCCAUGCAUUCGACCUCUCGGGAGCCACUCGAGUGCUUGAAUGGAUUGGUGACAAAGGAAUCUUGGUUGCUGGCUAUGAAAGCCUGAAAAAAAAUGAGAUUCUUCAUCUCAUACUGCCUCUCAGACUUUCUGUGAAAGAAAACCAGGGCUUAUUCCCUGAAAGAGAUUUCAAGGUACAGCAUGGAGGAUUUUCAGACAGGUCUGUCUUUGAUCUGAAGCAUGUGCCAGACACCAGGUUGCUGGUGACCAGUGGCCCUCCCGGGUGUUACCUGCAAGUGUGGCAGCUCACAGAGGAUAGUGACUGCCUUAACAUUCUGGACUUGAGCCUCUCCCACUUCCCGCCAGAUGUCAUCAGAGCUGUCAGCACCAUUGACGUGCACGAGAGCGAGGAGCCUCUUUGGCCCAGGGUGGCCGUUUUCCCAUCGGUGGCACCCGGCAUCCUCCACGGCACGAGGCUCAGCAGCCUGAAGGUGGUGGAUCUGGACUCACAGAAGACCACGUACACCUCAGGUGUCAGUGACGACGAUGUGCUAAGUAGCCUGCAGGUCCUGGACACGGACACCUUCGCCUUCUGCUGCUCCUCAGGCCGCCUGGGGCUGGUGGACACCCGCCAGAAGUGGGCCCCGUCAGAGAACCUCGGCCCUAGCCCUGGGUCCGCUGGAAGGCGGUGGUGUGCAGAAGCUGGGGGCCGGGGCCCUGGGCCCAGCAUUGCCCGCCUCAGCUCAGAUGGGCAGCUCUGUCUUCUCGACCCCCGGGAUCUCUGCCAGCCCGUGAGCUCAGUCCAGUGCCCCGUGUCCAUGCCCAGCCCUGAGCCAGAGCUGCUGCGAGUGACUUGGGCCCCCAGCCUGGACAACUGCUUGGCCAUUUCAGGGUUCGAUGGGACGGUCCAGGUCUAUGAUGUCACGUCUUGGGCUGGAGUGGGGCGCCAAGUGGAACCUCUCUUCACUCACAGAGGUCACAUCUUCCUAGACGACAGUGGGAUGGACCCUGCCCCGCUGGUCACCACCCACACCUGGCAUCCCUACAAACCAAGGACUGUGUUAUCGGCAGCCAGUGACGCCUCUCUGCAUGUGUGGGACUGGGUGGACCCCUGUGCCUCUCGCUGACACCAGCAUCUUUCAGCCCAGGCCCUGGGAAGCUGCUGCGGAGUAAGGAGACAGAUUCAGGCGACCGCAGACGGCCCUGCUACCAGCUGAGUGGCUGAGAGAGAGUUAACCAGCCUGUCAGCCCGCCCCAGUUUCUUUAUUGGUAAAAUGAGGCUGGUAAUAACUACCUGGCAGGGCUGUCGGGAAAGUUAGAAGUAAUACAUUUUAAAAUAACUGCUAGGAUGCAUGGCACAAUAAAUAUUUGGUAACUGCUCUUAGCUCUGGGAGCCCCAUUUCUCCCGAGUGCAGAAUGGCAGUGUUUUACCCUGUCCGUAUUCACAGUAUGGAGAGUCUGAAGAGCUAAUAACUGUAAACAGGUUUUGUGAAGUUUUUUACAGAACUGAAAUGUAUUGUGUUGUGUUAGUUGCUCAGUUGUGUCUGUCUCUUGUGACCCCAAGGACUGUAGCCUCCAGGCUCCUCUAUCCAUGGAAUUCUCCAGACAAGAUACUAGAGUGGGUAGCCAUGCCCUCCUCCAGGGCAUCUUCCCUGAUGCAGGGAUUUAACCCGGGUUGCCUGCAUUGCAGGCAGAUUCUUUACUGUCUGAGCCACCAGGGAAUAGUGGCAAAUAAACAUAAAAAAUGUCAACCCCAGUAGCAAUGAAGGAAAUAGCAAUUUUAAGAUUAAAAAAAUUAUACAAGGGAA